AGUCUCCCUUAGAUAGUCGCGUCCCUCGCCAUUUGCAACCCCGGACACGGAAGAAUUAAUUCCUAGAAAAAGGAUACUCUAGGAUGGAUGGCUACCCAGCUACCAAUACCGCUACAUACAAUGGCAACUCCAUCGGACCAAUAAAAUUUGAAAGUGAGCCCUACCAUUAUGAUGUUAGCAAUAAUAACCAAAGUUACGGAUAUGAUGGUUCAGGGACGUACGGACAGACAGCCUAUCAGCAGCCAGGAUACCCGUACACACCAGCAGCUCAUCCUCAGGGGACAAUACAGACCAAUGCUCAAACACCAAAUCUCUAUAGCCAUCAUCCCACAGACCAGUCCUCACAGCCAGCGGCAGUGAAUGGGGAUAGCUCCCUUUUUACCCCAAGGAAACAGCUGACUUCAGGAGUUGAACACCACUGUGAUAUAUGUGACAAGGCGUUUAGCUCGAGCGCCAGCAUGAGACGACACAGAGAGAUUCACACGGGCAUGAAGAAGUUCUCAUGUGAACUCUGCGGGAACAGUUACACACAGAAGCAUAAUCUUACAAAACACAUGCGGCUACAUACAGGAGAGAAGCCAUACAAGUGCCAUCUAUGUGAUAAAUCAUUCUACAUUCACCAUCACUUGAAGAAUCACAUGUUCCAGCACACAGGUGAAAUGCCAUUCAGGUGCACCAAAUGUAGCAAAUGCUUUAAACAUAAGUUCCGAUUUGACAGACACAUGUUGACGCAUGAGGAGGGUGGAAAUACAGAUGGUAGCGUGGCACAGACCCCACCCUCGAUAGCCACAAGUGAGGAUAAUUCAAUGAAUGAAGUCUGGAACAAUGAGACAGAUGAUGACGAUGUAGACUACUCGUACGAUGCGUCACUAUACGAUUCCUUUGAUGAGGAUGGGAACAAAUAUGACGAACACGAAUGCGAGGUUUGUCAGCAGAUCUUCAUCAGCAAAGAAAGUCUGGAUAACCAUUUCAAGUUACAACAUGCCGUCGAUCGUGAAUUCAAAUGUGAUGACUGUAACAGCAUUUUUCUUACGCGUGCUCAUCUUGUUCGUCAUCGUCGUACACACACAGGGGAGCAGAUAUACGAAUGUGAAGAAUGUAACGUGAGUUUCCGAUGGAAGGUUAGUCUGCAUAUCCACAUGCGGCGACACAAUAAUGACUAUAAGAGGUAUGAAUGCACAAUGUGCAACAAAUAUUUCCUUGCGAAAGAAAGCCUUAAGAAACAUAUGAACAUGCACCUAGGUAUGACAACUUACGAAUGUGACGAAUGUGAACAAAAAUUCACUCAGAAAAACGAGUAUAAAAACCAUUUACAGUCUCACGCUGAUGGAUUAGAAACAGGUGGUCGCGAUAGUAUUGGAAGUCCGAAAGGAACUCCGAAACAACCGCCCACUUGUAAAACUUGCUUUAAAACAUUCAGUUCUAACUCCAGUUUGAGGAAACAUGAGUUCACACAUAUGGAUGUUAAACCUCACAAAUGUGAUCUCUGCAAUGUUUCUUUUGCCCAGAAAAUCCAGUUACGACUUCAUAAUAAAAAACACAAUGGAGGCAAGAUGGAUCCUCCAUUGUUUUAUCGUAAAAAAGAAAAUCAGCCAUUGAAGAAAGAAAAAACUGAAGAACCCGAAGUUGCUGAAACCAAAUCCAAUGUUUCUACACCAAAGCGUAAAUCUCCAACGAAAACAACCUCUCCUUCAGCAAAAGUGAACUCAACAGCAAAAGUUUCACCAGUUAGAAUCAAGAUAGAUAAAUCCAAAAUAAUACCGGAACGAAGGAAUGCGCCUAGAAAAGCGCGUAACAUAAUUAAAGAGGAAGAACCAGAAGAGGAAGAAGAGGAGGAGGAAGAGGAAGAGGAAGAAACAUCAGAAGAGGAAAGCGAGGCGGAAAGUGAAAAUGCCUCAGAAGAGCCAGAACCAAAAAAGUCACGCUGGGAGGGGUAUCGCUAUCCAGUUUGUGAAAAUUGUCAUCAGGUGUUUAAGAAACGAAAAGCUUUAAGUCGACAUCAGAGAACAUGCAGGAAAAAGGAGUAAACUUUAGAUGAUGGUUGAACAGGAAAGUAGAAUGACAAAAUUAUUUUUACAGAAGUAGCUUUUUUAGAUUUUUUGGAAAAAAAACUUACAUUAGGUAUUGUGACAUAAUUGUUUGGGGGAAGUGAGCAUUUUUUUAUGUGGGUAGUUCUUGUUUUUGCGAACAUUAUUAGUAAUAAACUGAGGAUUGCUUAAAAUGGGAAGAUUUUUGUUUGUUUUCUUUUUAGAAAUGAUUUUUUUUUAAAUUGAUGGUAGUUCACUAUUUUUAGGGCAUUAGUUUUACAGGUCUUAUAAGCAGAAGCUGAUAAUUUCUUUAAUCCUUACUUCCUUUGUUUGCAAAAAAAUUUAAAUUGUUAAAUCUUUAUUGUCACUUCUUUUUUCACACUUUUUUCUUCCCAAUUUUUUUUUCUCCCAGUUGCUAUUAUUAUAUGUAGUACAAUCUGGAUUUGUUAUAUAAUUUGGAAACUGCCAGUGUAGCUACUGUAAACAUUUUUAGAACAAUUUUAAAUAUUCUUGUUUGUUAGUAUAUAUUUUUACAAAGAACUAUUUGUAAACAGAUCACAGAUUUUGUCACUAUUGUAGAUGUAUAAUAGUUGUGAAGUCUGUAUCAGAAGCUUUUGUUUCACAGACAGUUUUUAGCUAUUGAAAGACUGAUCAACUUGAAACCCAGACAAAGUUCUCAGUCUAAUGGUUUUGCCCUAAAUUGUGCUUAACUCCGAUACUGUAUUAUAAUAACUUUUAGGUUUUAAAUGGAAUACUUCAGCAGUUUCUUUGAUGUUUUGAUUUUCGUCAAGAGGAUCUUAAGGGGGGGGGGGGAUUAAAAUUUACUUCCUCGACUGUUACUUGCUGCUAUUCUACCAAGCUUAAUAUACAAGGGUGUCUGAUUAUCACUGUUAUAAAAUAAUCUAAGGUCUGUUGAAAAAUUUUGAUAAUUUGGGCUAGAAUUGUGUGAGGCCAAGAAAAACACUACAAGCUGUUGGUUUUCAUUUAGAUCUUGCAUGUACAAUGAGUACUGGUGAUUUGAUACCCCUCACCAUAUGUGCCAUUGGUUCAGGCGAUUUGAUAUGCUACCAGGAACAUAAGGUUGCUAUAGCAAUUGUUUCCUUCUAUUUGAUUAUUGUCUAGGCUAUGCAUCACUUUUAUAAGUUGUUUUUAAAAAAUAUAUUUUGUGGAUAACAGAACUAUCAAUGUUUCUUGUUUACCUGUAUAUAGCAUUGUUUAACUUCAUUCCAUUUUUGAAUUUUACAUACCAUGUUGAAGUUUGAUGUUUAUUCUUGUUUUUAAUCCUUUAUAUAAAUAUAUAUAUGUAGAUUUUACCAACUAUUAUGUAAUUAAUAGAAUUAUGUGAAUAAAAAGAGGGCUGCCUUGGGUUAUAUGUUUGUGCGUAUAUAUAUAUGUGUGUGUAUAUAUAUACAUAAUUGUGUGCAAGAUUUUAUUGUGGAAUAUUUUAUCAUUGAUUUUUAGUUCAGAAGGUCAAAAUCACUUUCUUUAUCUUGAAAAUGAGUAACAUGAAAAGCAUUGUUGGGCCUUUUAGACUAAUGCAUAAUUCAGUGAUUUUCAUGGGUAUUAUUUGUUUGCAUUUCAGCUUAUUGGCAGUUGCCACUGUUGGAUGGAAACUCCUUCAGAAGACUGUUAGUAGUUUUUUAGUUGGAAUUAAACCAACUGUUUUUAGGUCAGUAGGACAAAGGUCAGUGUCACACUAGCAUUGAGACUAUAAAAGAUGUCUAAUCUUUAAUUUUAAAUGCUUUGGUUAGAUUUUCCAGUGUAAUGGUAAUACUGAUGUGUGGACUGACAUAAAUACAAAUCAGUGUGUUGUAAAAUGUUUCUGUCCUCACACAUAAAAGUUGCACCAUGAUAAUUUGAGGUCAGGGAACAAAGAUGUGGGGUCAAAUGUCAAGGUCACAGCAAUCAAAAGAUAUUGGGAAUGGCUUCCCAGUAAUGUGUGAACACUUGAGCCACAGAUUAUCAAACUUUGAUGACUGCCUUCUUUAGGGAUAAUGCAUGUUUUUGUGUUACAACACUUGCAGAAUCCGGAGGGAUUGGUUGGUGCCCGGGUCCGGUAGGGCGAUGGUACCAAUGUAUCCCGAGGGAUUCUGAAGGUGUUAUGACACAAAAUGAACAUGUACUAAUGCUAUUCCAGCAUAAAACGUGU